AUGCUCACGCGGAUCAGGAACGCAGGCGUGGGAGGAAACGCCGCGCGGCGGGUGAGGUUGCUGGCAGGAUACACAGGCGCGCGGAUGGCGCACGCGGCCGCGCUGAAUAGCACAACGGGCGCGGGCGGCGCAGCGCGCGCGGCGGGGGCGGGGCGGCGGGCGCACAGCGAUGUGCAUGUGUGGGCCUUGCGGCAGCAGUCCGGGAUACACCGCGGCGGGCAGUGCAUACUGAAGCAGGACCGGGAGCCGGACCAGAGCGACGACAAAAAGGUGCCGCCGCGCGCGGAGGAGGGGCGCGACGAGGAAGCGGUGCGCGACGAGGAGGCGGAGCGGCAGCCACGGGAAGAGCAGGCGAAUCGGUCGUCGGAGGCUAGUUCUUCGCGGGGCAGCGGCGGUUCGGCGUCUUCGGCGGGCGGCGGCGGCCGGUCGAACCCGCCGAGCGAGGGCGAGGUGCCGCGCAAGUACGAGGAGCUGAUGGUGCUACCGAUGAGCAACCGGCCGCUCUUCCCCGGGUACUACAAGUCGGUGACCGUGUACGACCCCGCGGUCAUCGAAGCUAUCUGCGGGCUGCUGCGGCGGAACAUCCCGUACCUAGGCGCGUUCCUGCUGAAGGAUAGAAGCAUGGACAAGGACUCGAUUGACAGCAUCGAGGAGGUACACAGAGUGGGGGUGUUUGCGCAGAUCACAAGCGUACACCACGGCGUUGACGUUGACGGCCGCAAGGCCAUGAGCAUGGUACUCUAUCCCCACAGAAGGGUGCAACUGGACGAGCUGGUGUCCACGCCGAAGCUUGUGGCAGAAGCGAAAGAAAAGGCGACCGACGAUGGGUUGGUGCAGGCCAAGAAGGAGAAGUUCAGAGACAUGUCGGAGGGCGGGGAGGAGGAGGAGAACCCGACGGAGUUUCUGCUCGAGACUGGGGUGACGGUUGGGAACUUCUCCGACCACCUGGAUCUGCCCGUCGACCACAGCUCUGUGAUGCUAAACGCCCUCACUAGCGAGACCCUCAAUACAUUCAAGCACCUUUCGUCGAUAAACGCGACAGUGAAGCAGCAGCUAAUCGCUCUGUCUUCCAUAACGACCAGCCUAAAACCCAACAUCUUCGAGUCCCCUUCCCUACUGGCGGACUUCGCCGCAGCUAUUUCCGUGGGCGAUCCAAAUGAGUUGCAGGAUGUGCUGGAGACCAGAGACGUGGAGCAGAGGCUGGAGAAGGCGCUGGUGUUCAUCAAGAAGGAGGUGUAUGUUGCAGAACUUCAGCAGAAAAUAGAGAAGGAGACCGACGCGAAGGUACAGAAGCGAUACAAGGACCAGGUACUCACUGAACAGAUGCGGGGCAUUAAGAAGGAAAUGGGCGUGGAGGACGCAAAGGACAAGGCCAUCGCCACCUUCAGGGAGCGCGCGGAGAAGCUAAAGUUCCCGGAGCAUGUCAAGAAGAUAUUCGAUGAGGAGCUGGCGAGACUAUCCGGGCUCGAAUCGGCCAUGUCCGAGUACAGCGUUACCAAGAACUACCUGGAUUGGAUCACGAGCCUACCGUGGGGCAUUGCCUCGACAGAUCAGUACUCUAUUUUAAGUGCCAGAAAGGUCCUUGAUAAUGACCAUUACGGUAUGCAAGAUGUUAAAGACCGCAUCCUAGAGUUCAUUGCUGUAGGGAAGCUAAAGGGCCAGAUUGACGGUAAGAUCAUCUGUCUGGUUGGGCCUCCAGGUGUUGGCAAGACAUCCAUCGGUCAAUCAAUAUCCCGCGCGCUAAACAGGACGUUUUUCAGGUUUUCAGUGGGUGGCAUGAGUGACGUCUCGGAAAUAAAGGGCCAUAGGAGGACAUACAUAGGUGCACUGCCUGGUAGAUUAAUUCAUGCAUUGAAGAGGUGCCAGACAGAGAACCCAUUGAUUCUGAUCGACGAGAUCGACAAGCUAGGGCGCACCGGCCAUCAAGGCGAUCCAGCCUCUGCGCUUCUGGAACUGUUAGAUCCGGAGCAAAACAAAACAUUUUUGGAUACUUAUCUAGACUUCCCUGUGGAUAUGUCGAAGGUUUUAUUUGUUUGUACUGCCAAUACGCUUGAUACGAUCCCAAGGCCCUUGCUCGAUCGUAUGGAAGUGAUUGAACUGUCCGGUUAUGUCGCUGACGAGAAGGUGAAAAUCGCGGAGCGGCAUCUCAUUCCUGCCGCUAAGAAGUCCACAGGACUCGGUUCUGCGAACAUCAACCUCACAAGUGAUAGCAUAGUAGCCUUGUUGAAGAACUACUGUCGCGAAAGCGGUGUCCGCAGUCUAAAAAAACACAUUGAGAAGAUAUACCGUAAAGCCGCAUUAAAGAUUGUGCAACAGCUCAGUAUCGAUGAUACACCAAAAUCUGCACCCGCUGAGACGAAUAUCGAACCCGAAAAUGGAAAGCCGGAUGCCUCUGCCAAACCUCUGACAAACAAUCUCCCAGCUCCCGAACCGCUGAAUAUCCCGGACUCAGUUAAAAUCGAUAUCACACCUGAAACAUUGGUUGAAUAUCUGGGACCUCCUGUCUUCACCGCCGACCGGAUCUACGAGAAAACACCAGCUGGUGUUGUGAUGGGUCUUGCCUACACAUAUCUAGGUGGGUGUACAAUGUACGUGGAGUCUGUGUUGGGACAGCCGCUCAGUAAGGACUCUAACCCUUCGUUGGAGCAUACCGGGCAACUAGGGGAUGUCAUGAAGGAGUCGUCACGUCUCGCAUACUCGUUCUCCAAGAUGUUCAUGAGCAGAAGGUUUCCCAACAAUAGAUUUUUCGAAAAGGCAGCGAUCCAUCUGCACUGUCCAGAGGGCGCCACUCCAAAAGAUGGCCCAUCCGCAGGCAUCACUAUGGCCUCUUCUUUGCUUUCCCUGGCAAUGAAUAAGCCAUUGGACCCUACUAUAGCUAUGACUGGUGAACUAACGCUGACCGGUAAGGUCUUGCGCAUUGGUGGCAUUAAGGAAAAAACCGUAGCUGCCAAGCGUUCCGGCGCCAAGACCAUUAUCUUCCCCAAAGAUAAUAUGGCCGACUGGGAGGAUCUACCAGCUCAUGUGAAGGAGGGCCUUAUCCCCGUUGCUGCGGAAUGGUAUGAUGAUGUUUUCAAUGUCCUCUUUGGCUCGGUGACCGAGGAAGAGGGCAAUAACGUGUGGAAAGACCAGUUCGACCUAAUAGAGCGUUCUAAGGCUACUGCAAGCUCCAGUAACUAG